UGCACGUGCUGAAAGGACAAGUUGCUUCUUACCUCCCAGCGACCUCUGUGAAACGGUUUCAUUCGGCCAGGUACUUUGUUCACACCCCCUAACACCCCCUGUUCUUCUGACAGAGGUUUUGAGCUCAUCGGCAGAAUUAUAUACAUAUGGGUUUCCCGUAUACGCGAACUUCACGGAAAACUAAGAUCUGUCCAUCGUACCGUGAAUAUUUCUGGCGAACAUCUACCACUCGUAGUCCCGGGGUAAUUUGACGACGCUCCCUUCUAAUCCUCUUUUGAAUUGAUCGGUCUCCAAGUGUGCCCGCGCCUGCGCCGCUGCCUCCGCCGCACUAAGCCUCGCCUGAGCCGGGCUCCAUCCUCCAGACUCGGCCCCUUCCGAGCCAAGCAGGCAUCCAUCUAUCCGUGCUAACGUCCAGGGGGGAGUGUGAGUGAAUCACAAUCUGGAGCCGCGAGGAAGUUCAGAACUAGAGCGCCGGACAGAGACUCUUUCAUUAUUAAUUUUUUAUUUUUUUGUUUUUUUUUUUGCUACAACAUCGAGACAGCAGACUGCAUUGCAGCGAUGGACAGAAAGCGUCCGGGAAUACCCUCUGGAGCGCGGAUGCCACAUCAGGGGGCUCCGAUGGGGCCCCCCGGCCCGCCGUACGGAGGGAGCCCCUCGGUGCGGCCCGGCAUCCCCAACCCGGUGAUGGAGGCCAGCCGCAAGCGGCCCGCGACGUCCCAGCAGGUCCAGCAGCAGUCCGUCCAGAACCGGGCCAGAAAGAAACCAGUGGGAUUCCCUGGAGCCAAUGAGAUCGCAGCAAGGCAGAUGGACAUGAGAGAUGCCCAAUCAGAUCCCACGCUUGGAUCCAAUGCCAAGAGAAGGAAAAUGGCAGACAAGAUUCUCCCUCAGAGGAUCCGUGAGUUGGUCCCAGAGUCACAAGCCUACAUGGAUCUCCUGGCUUUUGAGCGUAAGCUGGACCAAACCAUAAUGAGGAAACGGGUGGACAUUCAGGAGGCUCUCAAGAGACCAAUGAAGCAAAAGCGCAAGCUGAGGCUGUACAUCUCCAACACCUUCAACCCCGCCAAGCCCGAUGCAGACGACUCCGAUGGCAGCAUUGCAUCAUGGGAGCUGCGGGUAGAGGGGAAGCUGCUGGAUGACCCUGGAAAACAGAAAAGGAAGUUCUCGUCCUUCUUCAAGAGCCUGGUGAUCGAACUGGACAAGGACCUGUACGGACCCGACAACCACCUGGUGGAGUGGCACCGCACCCCCACCACCCAGGAGACGGACGGCUUCCAGGUGAAGAGGCCGGGCGACGUGAGCGUGCGCUGCACCCUGCUGCUGAUGCUGGACUACCAGCCCCCCCAGUUCAAGCUAGACCCCCGUCUGGCCCGACUGCUGGGCAUCCACACCCAGACCCGCUCGGCCAUCAUACAGGCCCUGUGGCAGUAUGUGAAGACCAACAAGCUACAGGACGCCCACGACAAGGAGUACAUCAACUGUGACAAGUACUUCCAGCAGAUUUUCGACUGCCCGCGUCUGAAGUUCUCAGAGAUUCCCCAGCGGCUCACCAACCUGCUCCUGCCCCCAGACCCCAUCGUCAUUAACCACGUAAUCAGUGUGGACCCUAACGACCAGAAGAAGACGGCCUGCUACGAUAUCGACGUGGAGGUGGAGGACCCCCUGAAGGGCCAGAUGAGCAGCUUCCUGCUCUCCACGGCCAAUCAGCAGGAGAUUGCGUCCCUAGACAACAAGAUCCACGAAACCAUUGAGUCCAUCAACCAGUUGAAGAUCCAGAGAGACUUCAUGUUGAGCUUUUCCAAGGACCCCAAAGGCUACAUCCAGGACUGGCUCAAAUCCCAGACCCGGGACUUGAAGAUGAUGACAGAUAUGGUGGGAAACCCGGAGGAAGAGAGGAGGGCGGAGUUCUACCACCAGCCCUGGUCCCAGGAGGCUGUCAGUCGCUACUUCUACUGUAAGAUCCAGCAAAGAAGACAAGAGCUGGAGCAGGCUCUGGCUGUGCGCAACACCUAAAUCCUUCCCCGGGGGAAACGAUUGCACCUCCCUUGUCCUUCCACCACUCCCAAGUCUAGGAGAUGCCCGCCCCUUGUCUGUGAUGUUAAUUUGAUGUCAUAAUCAUUUGUUAUUGUGACCUUUGACCUCUGACCUGUGACUGGUGACCAAUUGCACAUGCCCUACAAGUUGAGCCCAGUUUUGGAAUCAAGUUGUUACACACAAGUGCCACAUCAAGGCCACCUACACCCCUCCCCCACCCGACCCAAUCUCUCCAAACUCACCGGAACACAGUCUUUCCUCUUUGACUCACCUCCCGAACCCCCCCCACCCCACCCCUCUCACCCCCUUCAUUCAGCAUGUCCUGAAUUUUCCUAGCCAGCGCACAUCUGGAUCUGGAUCCAUUUUUUUGAACCGGCUGCCUGUAUUCAGUGGAGCUCUGGAUGUCACAGAAUGUCCCAGUGCAGCAUCUGUGCAUGCUGUGGAGUUUCCUCAGUGCUGCGUGGGUCCGGACUUUCGACUUCCCUCCUGUCUGCAUAAAAUGGGCCGAUAUGUGUCCAGACUGAACACUGAAAGAGGAGAAGGAGGUGAAAUGGAGGUGAUAAGAUGGCAGAAACAGAAGGACUGGAGGCUCCACAGAGGUCCUGAUUUAGGACGAACCCACGGUGUCUGUUCAGUCAAGAUUUUCAGUAUUAAUUGUCAAUCGUCAGUAUUAAUUUCACGGCGUCGGUUUUGAGCGUGAAAUUGUCGGUUCUCAGCUUCCGUGUCAGUGUUGAGCCCGUAGUGUUGUGUCUGUGGAGUUUCUCGAAGCUCCUCAACGAAUGUGCAAAACAAAAUGUUUUCCUCACUACACCACACUACACAUCUACAACCCACACAAGGCAGAUACAUAGUUGGGAUGGACAGUUUGGUUUAUUCAGAGACAAAAAAAGCUGAUUUAAUGUGGUUUUUUAUUUUAUUUUAUUUUUUUACAUAUUGUCAGCCCAGCUCUGUGCGCAACCACACACGAAACCAAUCAAAUAUAACACUCAUGUUUUGAUGUACACACUGGUGCAGGCGGGCACUGAAUCUGGCAUGCACUUAAUCUAAAGGUCACAGGGCCACGUCUGCCUGUACUAGAAAGCGCAUAGGGAGACGUUCUUUGCUUCAAUCGGUAGAGGUGUGAUAUGACGUGUACAGAGGGGGGUGCAGUACCUACUCUAGACCACACGGGGGAGCUUGUGUGUCCAUGUACACUUCAUCCCUGAGCUUGUGCUGCAAAUUACACCACAAUUUGCCAGUAAAAUAAGUAAAUUAAGAUCCCACACUUACCAUAAAGAUAUAUUUUACUGACGGAGACAUCUUCCCAACAUUUUAUGUGAUAGAGCACAAGUGAAACCGUUGAUAGUAUCCUGUCACAUGGUUGUCAUAGGAACGUGUACCAAAAACCAAAGACGAAGCCCACUUCUCUUCAAUUAGCAAUCUGAUUGCCUGUUAUAUUAAGUUUGUUUUAUGCCACAGAGAUUGUUGCCCACAUUGGUCUUCCCAACCUGGAAAUCCUGAUCAUAGCUGUCAAAAAAAUGGAAAAUGUGGAGAAAUGUUAAUGGAGGCCCAGUUGCUCCAGCUCCAAAAACUGGUACACGUGAACUUUGUAAAUUGUCAGGGUGUACCUUAACUCUUAGCAGUGUUAAAAGCUCUCUCCUUGCUGACUGCAGUUCGGGGGGGGGGGGUGUCUGUUAUUAAUGAGGAUUCUCAAAAACAUGCCCAUUUCUGAAGGGCAGGGUGUGUUGGCACUGCCCGUUUCUGAUGGAUAGGGUGUGUUGGCACUGCCCACUUCUGAGGUGUAGGGUGUGUUGGCACUGCCCACUUCUGAAUGCCAGCGUGUUGGCACUGCCCAUCUGCACUGCCUGCUUGUGCCACCUCUAGCGCUCACAGCAGUUACAGUGAAAAAGAAGGCCCACAGAAGGCCUCUCCUUUCUAUCCCAACAGCUCCCAUUACCAAACUAAGAGCGGUAGGGUCCAGUCUGCUAACAGUGUAGAUUUCAAAUAUCAAACGUUCACUUUUCAUUUUAAAGUGCCAUAGCAUAGCAUUGUUUGUGGUAUGCCCGUGUAUAUGUUUUAACUUAUUUGUAUUUGUUUUAGUAUUAUUUUCAGGAGUUGUAUCUGUUGCACAGUAAAAGGACAGGAGAGGGCUGGGAACACUGUCUCUGGAGUGGGGAUUUGCUACUUCUGUUGUUGGUGAGAAUUGGACUGGCAGUAUGUUUGGGCUUGACCAGGAUGUUGCUGCCGUAGACUAGCUUUACUACAAUUGGUUAAAAAAAUAUAUACUUUAACAUGAAUUCCCAUCCAAUGUUCGUCCCUGAAGGGAGGUACACACCUUUCUUUUUGUCCAGCCAGGAAUAAUGUUUGAAUUUGAACUUGGAUUCUGAUUCCAUCCUGUUGAGUAAGCCUGCCUGGCUUUUCAAAGAAGAGAACCAUUCUAGUAUUUUCUAUUUCUGUGCUAGAGCAGCAACGAGCCACUUCUCAGCAGGAAAUGUGCAGGAGCCAAUGGCAACAGAGCGUGCCACAGAGCUGCUGCAGAAACAUGAUGUAAUGGCCUGUUCUUCUCCAGCCAGGAAAUGGCAAUAAAUAUGUCGUCAGGUUGCUUGGAACUGGCAGUAUUUUCCAGUCCCUAUUAAAGGCAAAAAAAAAAAAACUGAUCCAUCUAUAUAAAUUACAAAGUAUAACAAAAUGUGAGGUGUGAGCUAAAUAACUCUCAAUACAAUAACACUGACUGAAUGAGUUAACCACACCAGCUUUUGCCUGAAUUUAACCAGUUAUGUCCUUGGAGUUUUGGACUUUAGUGAUCCACAGAGACAGAAAGGCUUCGAUCUGCAAAGUAAGGACCCAGCAUCUGGAUCUGAACAAGCCAGUCUAAUCAGGUUCCUCUCAGUUAUGUGUUUAAUAACGGAACUGUGAAAGUGUAAUGAAAUUGGAGGCUGUUAAGAUUUGCUUCUGUUGACUCACCCAUGGGGGGGGGGGGGGCAAUAUAUUUUACAUCUCCUAAUACCCACAGUAUUGAUGAAGCACUGCCUGUCAUUGGAUUUGCAGCUUCAGCUCCCAACUGGAUGUCACACCUGUCCGUCUCAUUAUGGCAUCCAUGAAAAAAACGCAGUGCUUUGGUUUUGUUUUUUUCUGUCUAAAAAUGCCUGUGAAAAAAAAGACAAAGAAGCCCAUUGCCUCUAAAAGAUGUUUUUUCUGUUUGUUUGUUUUGUUUCUUAAACCUGUGCAUGCUGCAUGGACAUAGUUUAUUUUUUAAGGGAUGCUUUUUGGCAUGAAGAAGUAACCACAAACAUUGAAUUCUGACUGUGGCAUGAGUAACAUUUCUGGCCCCAGAGAUUUGGGUUUGAGUUGAGUGCCAUUCCGAUUGGCCUGCAAUGACUUCCUGCGAGACUCAAACGAGAAACCAGAAGCCGUUCUUGUGAAGCUGUCGACCGAUGGGGCCCAAACAACUUUUCAGCAAACGCUGUUGGAGAACCUUCUAAAGGACCCUUCAGAUUUACUCCAACCUUCCUGUGGCCGUUUCACUCAAAGCUCCACCUCGCCGAUCAUGGCCUUGACCCCGGCGAAGACGUCAGUCUCGCUCACCCGCUGGGCGUAGAAGGGGUCAUAGACGAAGACGAAGGUGAGCAGCACGUUGUCGUGGGCGUCCAGCGUGUUCCGGGCCCCGUUUCCUGUUUGCAACACAGAGAAAACGCCUUCCCCAAUCAUGGAUCCACAAUUCGCAAUUUGUUCAGUACAGUGCCCGACAGCUAGGAGGCGCUGUAUAGGUCUAUGUUAAGCGUAAUGGCACUUGAUGUCCAGGGGUAUGGGGUACGGGGUACGGGGUACGGGGGUAAAUUAAAACAUGUGACUGUGGUUUUGUUUUUAGACUUGUAUGUGAAGGACAGUAGCAUUUGCCAAAGUUUGUACCUGUGAGGGUGUCGUGUUGAAAGGGUGCGUCCACGUGACGACACAGCUUGGCUGAUUUCAGCGUCUGCGUUUGUCUCCAGUACGACAAAACUCGAAAGACCGCCUCACAGGCUAAACUACGUAAGUCACAAUAAAAAAAAUAACGUUGGCUAAUGUCUAACCAAAAAAAAAUAAAAAAAAUCCUCUUUGAGAGGUUAACGUCCUUACGAGUGUGUCGUUAAGGACCUUACCGAACGCUCUCUGAAAGAUGUCAACAACGAACGGCUCAAACACAAAAGAACUGUGCUAUUGUAUAAUGACUUACAAAUACUUGUUUCAAACUUGUUUUUAACGUGGUGACUUUAAAAAGUAAAAUAAAUGUUGUCAGAGACAAAUAAUGCCUUUGAAAGGUAAAGACUAGGGGUGCAGGAGUGUAGGGCUGACUUUUUUUAACAUCCAUGUUUCAUGUUCAUUUGGUACAGAUGGCUUUCCUUCUAGAGAGGGAGAACUGGUGUGUAUCGUAUGACUAACAGACCAAAAAGAAGCCAAACGACAAAUAAAGCUUCAGGGCUCAAUAUCAUGUUCCUGGCCUCAAGUGCCAGGGAUGGAGCAGUUCUCUAGGCAUGAUGGGAAAUGUAGUCACUAACCGGACAUAAUCCAUGUCCUACCCUUGUGACAACUCAUAGAGAUGCAUGCUGUUCAUUCUAUUCGUGCUGUAGGUAAGUCUAGUUCCAUCUUGUACAUAGAAACACAGGGGCCUCGGGAACCACCUAAAGAACCAUCUUGUAUUUUAGCUGGGAGUCUUAAGGUCUCUCAAGAGGCCAACCGAGUAGCGUUAGGGACACCCGUCCUCACUGUCAUUUUAGGAAAAAUGAUCUUUUUUCAUCCAUUUGUUUCUUUUUCCAUUUGACCGCCACUGCGGGUCUAGCAGUGGGCCUGUAACUGACAUUGUCCUGCUGGCUGUACAGAACAUGUAAUAAAACAUUUCUAAAUACGA